AUGCCCCCACGCAAGAAGACUGCGGCAUCGUCGGCUCGAGGUGCUGCAGCUGCUGCGACCGCCGCCAAGAAAGCCAGCAAGGCGGCACAGUCGCGCACGAAGCAGCCCCCCGCGCCCACAUACCGCGUGAUCUACCGCUUCCGGGACGCAUACGAGGACGAGCACAACGACUACACGGUUGGGCGGUACGCGAGCCCCGCCGACGCGAGGGCAAAAGUCCGCUCCUAUCUGUCCGACGAGUUUGGCGACGACGCCGGCCGGGAGGAGCUCGACGAGUCGGACAAGGGCGACGUGAGCGGCGGGUUCGAGGUCCACGCCAUCGACAGCGAGAGCAACGAGUACUGGGUGUUCAUGGAGGAGGACGCGCCGCUCGUCGGCGCGCUCGAGGGGCCGCGGACGCGGAGGGAGGUCCGCCCGGAGAAGGUGUACGCCGUCGUCCAGCGCCGCGGGACGGGGGAGAAACGCGUCGAUGACAGGGUAUAUGAUUCGCGUGAAGCAGCCGAGGCGGCCGUGCAGCUCGUGCCGGGUGUGCGCGGCUCGGCGGUGGACGUUGUCGAGCUCGAGGUCGUGUACGGCUAG